ACCGGCCCCGCCGCCUUCCCCAGCUGCUGACAGUACCGGCGGCCCCGCUCUGCCCGCGUCCUGCGGAUCCCCCGGUUCCCCAGAAAACCCCAACAAGAAGGAUAACUUGAAACGCUCUUGGCCCUCUAACUUUAAAUCUGUGGCCUGCGCUACAAGCAAGCAGAAUGUCGGGGGCUUCAGUGAAGGUGGCUGUGCGGGUUCGGCCCUUCAAUUCCCGAGAAACCAGCAAAGAAUCCAAAUGUAUCAUCCAGAUGCAAGGCAACUCUACCAGUAUUAUCAACCCAAAGAAUCCUAAGGAAGCACCAAAGUCCUUUAGCUUUGACUACUCCUAUUGGUCCCACACAUCGCCUGAAGAUCCCUGCUUUGCAUCUCAGAGCCGUGUGUACAAUGAUAUUGGGAAGGAAAUGUUGCAGCAUGCCUUUGAGGGCUACAAUGUUUGCAUUUUUGCCUAUGGACAAACUGGAGCUGGGAAGUCCUACACGAUGAUGGGCAAGCAGGAAGAGAGCCAAGCGGGCAUCAUCCCCCAGCUAUGUGAAGAACUGUUUGAGAAAAUCAAUGACAACAGCAAUGAAGAAAUGUCAUAUUCUGUAGAGGUGAGUUACAUGGAGAUUUAUUGUGAGAGAGUCAGAGACUUGCUGAACCCGAAGAACAAAGGGAAUUUGCGUGUGCGAGAACAUCCUUUGCUCGGACCAUAUGUGGAAGAUCUGUCCAAGCUAGCAGUCACGUCUUACACAGACAUUGCAGACCUCAUGGAUGCUGGGAACAAAGCCAGAACUGUGGCAGCUACCAACAUGAAUGAAACCAGCAGCCGCUCCCAUGCUGUGUUUACAAUUGUCUUUACUCAAAAGAAACAUGACACAGAGACUGAUCUUUCCACAGAGAAGGUCAGCAAGAUUAGCCUUGUGGAUCUAGCUGGAAGUGAGCGAGCUGAUUCAACUGGUGCCAAAGGAACCCGAUUGAAGGAAGGAGCAAAUAUAAACAAGUCUCUCACAACUCUGGGCAAAGUUAUUUCAGCUUUAGCCGAAGUGGAUAACUGCACCAGCAAGACUAAAAAAAAGAAGAAGACAGACUUUAUACCAUACAGAGAUUCUGUACUAACAUGGCUUCUUCGAGAAAAUCUAGGUGGUAACUCCAGAACUGCAAUGGUUGCUGCUUUGAGUCCAGCAGACAUAAACUACGAUGAAACUUUGAGCACUUUAAGAUAUGCUGAUCGUGCAAAACAGAUUAAAUGCAAUGCUGUUAUCAAUGAAGAUCCCAAUGCCAAGCUGGUGCGAGAGCUGAAGGAGGAGGUGACGAGGCUUAAGGAUCUCCUGCGUGCCCAAGGGCUGGGAGAUAUUAUCGACAUUGAUCCAAUGGGAGAUGAAUACUCUGGAAGUGGAGGCAAAUAUUUGAAAGAUUUUCAGAACAAUAAACAUAGAUACUUGCUAGCCUCCGAGAAUCAACGUCCUGGCAAUUUUUCCACAGCCUCCAUGGGGUCCCUCACUGCAUCUCCAUCCUCCUGCUCUCUCAGUAGUCAGGUGGGCAUAACAUCUGUGUCCAGUAUACAGGAAAGAAUCAUGUCAACACCUGGAGGAGAAGAGGCGAUUGAACGGUUGAAGGAAUCUGAGAAAAUCAUUGCAGAGCUGAAUGAAACCUGGGAAGAGAAGCUGAGGAAAACUGAAGCCAUUAGGAUGGAAAGGGAGGCAUUGUUGGCAGAAAUGGGAGUUGCCAUUCGGGAAGAUGGAGGAACACUUGGAGUCUUCUCACCUAAAAAGACUCCUCAUCUUGUAAACCUUAAUGAAGAUCCACUUAUGUCUGAAUGUCUGCUGUACUACAUCAAAGAUGGUAUUACUAGGGUUGGCCAAGCUGAUGCUGAGAGGAGGCAAGACAUCGUACUGAGUGGGGCUCAUAUCAAAGAAGAACAUUGUAUCUUCCGAAGUGAGAGGAACAACAAUGGUGAUGUUAUUGUUACUUUGGAGCCUUGUGAACUAUCAGAAACUUAUGUGAAUGGCAAAAGGGUUGUGCAGCCUGUGCAGCUGCGCUCAGGAAAUCGUAUCAUCAUGGGUAAAAAUCACGUCUUCAGAUUCAACCACCCAGAGCAAGCACGAGCAGAAAGAGAGAAAACACCAUCAGCUGAAACUCCCUCUGAGCCUGUUGACUGGACGUUUGCUCAGAGGGAGCUUCUGGAGAAGCAGGGCAUUGACAUGAAGCAGGAGAUGGAGAAAAGAUUACAAGAAAUGGAGAUUUUGUAUAAGAAGGAGAAGGAGGAAGCUGAUCUCUUGUUGGAGCAGCAGAGGCUGGACUAUGAGAGCAAGCUGCAGGCCUUGCAGAAGCAGGUAGAGACACGAUCCUUGGCAGCAGAAACAACAGAGGAGGAGGAGGAGGAGGAAGAGGAAGUGCCCUGGACGCGACAUGAGUAUGAACUUGCACAGUGGGCAUUCAGGAAGUGGAAAUUUCACCAGUUUACUUCACUGAGGGACCAACUGUGGGGGAAUGCAGUGUAUCUGAAAGAAGCCAAUGCAAUCAGUGUAGAGUUGAAGAAAAAGGUGCAGUUCCAGUUUGUCCUGCUGACAGACACCCUCUACUCACCACUGCCGCCAGAGCUUUUGCCCACUGAACUGGAGAAGACCCGAGAUAAUCGGCCUUUCCCCCGUACCGUGGUAGCUGUGGAAGUCCAGGAUCUGAAGAAUGGAGCAACACAUUACUGGUCCUUGGAAAAACUCAAACAGAGGUUGGAUCUGAUGCGUGAGAUGUACGACAGAGCUGGGGAAAUGGUGUCCAAUACACAGGAUGAGAGUGAAAGCACAAUGACGGGCAGCGACCCCUUCUACGAUCGCUUUCACUGGUUCAAGCUUGUGGGAAGCUCCCCCAUAUUCCAUGGCUGCGUCAAUGAGCGCCUUGCUGACCGCACGCCCUCCCCCACAUUCUCCACGGCUGACUCCGACAUCACUGAACUGGCUGAUGAACAGCAGGAUGAGAUGGAGGACUUUGAUGAUGAGGCCUUUGUGGAUGAUACUGGCUCCGACGUGGGAACUGAGGAGGGAUCAGACCUCUUCAAUGAUGGGCGCGACCCGUUUUACGACCGAUCCCCUUGGUUCAUUUUAGUGGGAAGGGCAUUUGUAUACCUGAGCAAUCUGCUGUACCCAGUGCCUCUUAUCCACAGAGUAGCUGUUGUUAGUGAGAAAGGAGAAGUACGAGGAUUUCUGCGAGUAGCAGUACAAGCUAUAGCAGCUGACGAAGAAGCCCCAGAUUAUGGAUCUGGUAUCCGACAGUCUGGCACAGCUAAAAUUUCAUUUGACAAUGAAUAUUUUGAUAAGAGUGAUUUUUCUUCAGUUGCAAUGACUCGUUCUGGGCUGUCACUGGAAGAGUUAAGAAUUGUGGAAGGACAAGGACAGAACUCUGAUGUUACCACUCCCCCAGAGGAGAUCAACAGAAUGAACGAGCUAGACUUGAAGUCAGCCACUUUGGAUGGAAAGAUGACUAUGGAAGGAUUCACUGAGGAAAUUGGUGAUCACUUGAAACUGGGUAGUGUGUUCACCUUCCGUGUGACAGUGCUGCAGGCCAGUGGCAUCCUUCCUGAAUAUGCAGAUAUUUUCUGCCAGUUCAACUUUUUGCAUCGUCAUGAUGAGGCUUUCUCAACAGAACCUCUCAAAAACAAUGGUCGUGGGACUCCCCUUGGGUUUUACCAUGUGCAGAAUAUUGCUGUGGAAGUGACGGAAUCAUUUGUGGAGUACAUCAAAACAAAGCCUAUUGUGUUUGAAGUCUUUGGCCAUUAUCAGCAGCAUCCUCUCCACCUGCAAGGACAGGAUCUCAACAGCCCUCCACAGCCUUCCCGAAGAUUCUUCCCUCCCCCUAUGCCACUGUCAAAGCCAGUGCCAGCUACAAAGCUAAAUACUAUGAGCAAACCCAGCUUGGGCCAGAGUGUGAGCAAAUAUGACCUCCUGGUCUGGUUUGAGAUCAGCGAGUUGGAGCCGACAGGAGAGUAUAUUCCUGCUAUUGUGGACCACACUGGAGGCCUGCCCUGUCAGGGGACGUUCCUGCUUCACCAGGGAAUCCAGCGCAGAAUCACCGUCACCAUUAUCCACGAGAAGGGCAGCGAGCUGCACUGGAAAGACGUGCGAGAGCUGGUUGUUGGGCGUAUAAGAAAUAAAGCAGAGGUAGAUGAAGCUGCUGUGGAUGCCAUUCUUUCUUUGAAUAUUAUCUCUGCAAAAUACCUGAAGUCUUCUCACAGCUCCAAUAGAACUUUCUAUCGGUUUGAAGCAGUCUGGGACAGCUCCUUGCACAACUCCCUUCUCCUCAAUAGAGUGACACCAUAUGGAGAGAAGAUCUACAUGACUCUUUCUGCUUACCUGGAGCUUGACCACUGCAUCCAGCCUGCUGUUAUAACGAAGGAUGUUUGUAUGGUCUUCUACUCACGAGAUGCCAAGAUCUCCCCGCCACGGUCACUGCGCAACCUCUUCGGCAGUGGCUACUCCAAAUCUCCUGAUUCCAAUCGAGUAACUGGCAUCUAUGAACUGAGUUUAUGCAAAAUGGCAGACACAGGAAGCCCAGGAAUGCAGAGGAGGAGGAGGAAAGUCCUAGAUACAUCUGUGGCAUAUGUGCGAGGAGAAGAGAACCUGGCAGGUUGGAGACCCAGGGGUGACAGCCUCAUUCUAGAGCAUCAGUGGGAACUGGAGAAACUGGAGCUGCUGCAUGAGGUGGAAAAAACUAGGCAUUUCCUCCUGCUCCGUGAAAAGCUUGGUGACAGCAUCCCCAAGUCCCUGAGUGACUCAUUGUCUCCCAGUCUGAGCAGUGGAACCCUCAGUACCUCCACCAGCAUUUCCUCACAGAUGUCAACUACAACGUUUGAGAGUGCUGUGACACCCAGUGAGAGCAGUGGCUAUGACUCGGCAGAUAUAGAGAGCCUGGUGGAUCGGGAGAAAGAGCUGGCCACCAAGUGUCUGCAGCUUCUUACUCACACCUUCAAUCGGGAGUUUAACCAGGUGUACAACAGCAUCAGUGACUGUAAGCUGUCAGAUAUUUCUCCCAUCGGGCGGGACCCGUCAGUGUCGAGUUUCAGCAGUGCCACCCUCACACCUUCAUCUACCUGCCCUUCCCUGGUGGAUUCAAGGUGCAAUUCAAUCGACCAGAAGACACCAGAAGCGAAUUCUCGUGCCUCCAGUCCCUGCCAUGAGGUUGAGCAGUUCCAGAUAAUUCCUGCAGUAGAAUCUUCCUAUCUUGCCCGAGCUGGAAAGAAUGAAUUCCUAAAUCUUGUUCCUGACAUUGAGGAAAUCAGACCAGGCUCUGUGGUCUCAAAGAAAGGAUACCUCCACUUCAAGGAGCCACUCUCCACCUCCUGGGCCAAGCACUUUGUGGUGGUUCGCCGGCCCUAUGUUUUUAUUUACAACAGUGACAAAGAUCCUGUAGAAAGAGGAAUCAUAAACUUAUCCACAGCUCAGGUGGAGUACAGUGAGGAUCAGCAGGCAAUGGUGAAGACACCCAACACGUUCGGUGUGUGCACCAAGCAUCGCGGGGUGCUGCUGCAGGCCAUCAACGACAAGGACAUGAACGAUUGGUUAUAUGCCUUCAACCCACUCCUUGCUGGCACCAUACGGUCAAAACUGGCUCGAAGACGCACGGGUCAGCUGAAGUACUGAGUCCAUGUAACGUUCUCAUCUGUUCUCCCUAACUCACUUCUAGUAGAUAAAGUGUUCCCUCUCAUUUUCUCUUUGUGAUUCUUGACAGUUUCUCUCGUAUGUAAUCCUGUGGCUUAACAUCCCCCUACCUUCCCAGCUCCUCCAGCACAUUUUCUAGGUAUUCUAACCCUACUUUGUUUCUUUUCACUUGUACUGAGACUCAUACUAGUAGCAUGUGGCCAAGAAAAAAAAAGAGAAAGAAAAAAAAAAGAAAAAAAAGUGAUAUGCACGACUCUAAAAAGGAAAAAAAAUGUAUUUAUUUUUUCUUAUAACAACUGUACUCCCUCUCCUACUGACCUUUUGGUGUCUGUCCCACUGUCCUUUGUUGUCUGUCUGGACUGCUGCAGGUUUUUCAUUCAGUUUGUGACUUGGCAGUAGUCAUUGCUUCCCUCAGGGCAAAGUUCUAGUGCCAGGGCAAGUUAAGUUCUUCUGUGUAGGCAUUACUCAGCCAGGAACUGCAAUAGCUCCUCAGGCUUUCUGGAUCCAGCCUCCAAUUUAAACUCUGUUGAAAGUUGAUAUUGGGCAAAUCUAUCUGGGCAGACUGGAUUUUAGACUUGGUGCAAGGUUUUGAUUUUCCAGGGUCCACCAGGCUAAAGUAUGAGCUGAAAAAAGGCUAGACAGAACAAUCUGUCUUGAGACGCUUGCUGUGGGAUUGCAGGUGAACAGUGCUUGGCUUUAAACCUUUCCCAGAAUGUUAACACUCACUCCUCUGCCUCAGAACUGAGCUGAGGAGACAACUUGUGCUGAUGUGAGGAGGAAUGAACCACAUCUCUGAAAUCCUAGGUAUAGUCCCUAAAGUUUUAGAUGCCCAGCUUCAUACUUGACAGGUUUUGAGCCGAGAGGACAGGGUUGGUUGUUUCCUGGAGCGCUUUCAGGAGAUGACCACAAGAGGGCAGUGUCUCCUCGUGCUGCUCUUAGUCCUGACCUCGAGUUCUCUCCUCCCUUGCAAGAGAUUUGGGGUUGUGGUUGGUAGCUGAGGGCAGGCUGCUCUCUGGCAUCGCUCUGGAAGGCGUGCUGUGUGCGCGCACCCCUUACCUGUGAUACUCAGAUCCCAUCUGUUCACGGGGAAAGCAUCGUCUGGCUACAAUACACUUCUUAGAUCUGGCAACUUGCAGUGUCCUCCAGGGAACAGCAGGAUGCUUUCACUUCCUUUUGGAAUAACUGCUGAAUGUCUUCAAGUUUCCCUGCUACCGUUUUCAGCAGCCAGAAUCCCUAGUUAUAACUUCACAGUUAAUCCUUCCUGGAGGACAGAUCGAGUGGGCUGUGGUCCUGGCCAGUGAAGUGUAAUGAGUGGAGAUCACCUGGGUAGUAAUUCUUGACCUACAAUGUAAGUUCAGCGUUUCAGCCUGAUGUGCUGUUCUUGACUUACCAUGGGCACCAAUAGGGCUUGCUGUGAUCCUGGGCAAUGCACAGGAAUUUCAUCCUGAGGUUCUGGCCUCUCAAAGGAGAGGUAGAAGGUUUUGGUCCACUAUUACAGUAAGCAUAUCUAGGUACACUCCAGCUCAAGGUCAUUUUGAUUCGGCUCCCCCAUCGGCAGGUCAUGCCAUACACUGGAAGUUCUGUGGCCAGAAGUGUACAUGGGAGUGGCAUCAGCUUCAUGGGGUUUUCAUUCUUCAGGGAAGUGCAGUGCAUAGGAGACCCCCUGAAAGCAUAGGUGGCAGAGGAGCAGGAAGGUAGAGUCUGAUGCUUGCUGGGACAUAUCUUUACAUGUUUUGAGCAAGUGCUAAAGCUACAUCAUGUGCUUGUGCUGUCUGUUGUGGUCCUCAGAUUUAUUUCAGAACUGGACGCCAGAGUGAGGGAGCAUCCUGGGGACCCAGGAGCAUAAUGGGAAUGGGGUUUUUUUUGUCCUUUUCUUCUGGUUUUGUCGUGUUUAAUUGUAUGUGUCUCUUAACACAGUGACGCUGUUUCUUUGUUAUGCAAUGGAUGCUAAUGCCCUUCCAGUGUGUGGAUAGGUAAGGCUGCCGGGGCUGCAGAGAGCUCCCCGAGCUGAGCUAAGCUGAUCUCAAGAAUUAGGUUAGUUGUAAGCACUAAGUUGUUGCUGACAUCACCACCACUUAGGAGGAUGGAACCGGUUUGAGGAGGGCAGUGACUUAGGUAGUGAUAUUUUGGGACACACUGAGAGCAUUUCAUUUUUUUUUUCUAAAUAGAAGAAAAUUAGUUUGCCAAGUCUUUGCUUUGGAUAAGCCAGAAAACGAGCUGAGAGGUGUAGACAUUGCAUAGAGACAUGGCUAAAGCAUCUUCCUUCAAAAGCAGGAAGAGGCAGAUGCUUGUUUUAUACAGAGCUGCAAAUGUCACAGCCGUGUUGCAUAAAUGUAACUCUUCAGUCUAAAGACUCCUGUUGAUUUGAUGUCUGUGUAGCUAACAUCAUCAGAAGAGCAAAAUGCUGGUGUUAAGCAUCAGUAUCUCUUCAAGCUUCAUAAUCUGUGACGAAAUAGGUCCUCAUUGUAUGGAGUUCAAAUGGGCAUUGCUAUUUUCAGGCUGUCACCAGUUACUGAAGCCUACUUUGAGACAUCAGUUUCCCUACUUAAAACUGGACUGGAAUCAAUUCGAGUUUUCUCUAAAAGAAUAAAAACCAAACCACCAAACAAAAACAACCAACCAAACAAAAACAAACCCAAACCCUACCAAACAAAUGUCCCAAACUGGAUUCCAUACACAUUAGAGCUGGUUUGAUCUAGCCCAACAUGCUACAAAGAAGAAGGGAUGAACAUGCUAAGCUGCCUUCUCUGGACAUGACAGCCCCGCUGCUGGUUACCUGCUGCGUGCAGAUGAAGUCCUGGAGUCAGCCAGCUCCUGGGCCUCAGCCGCUGCAGACCAGGCAUCAUGCUGUGGGCCAGCCAACCCACUGAGCAGAGCCCUGGGACUAAACCUGACAGGUGGUGCUUGGAGGGAAUGGGGUGAAACUCCUCUAGUUUGGGGGUUUUGUGCUCCUUGCUAAAACACGGGAGAAAAUCAUCUUCUUUUUUUGUCCAGUGAAGCCAAAUUGUUGCUGUUGUUGGAGCUUUCUGGCUAUUUUGAAACUAAACCAAACCUCCUCUACUCUGUUUUGGAGCUGCACUUUAAGUACCUUUUAAAAAGAAGAUUCCUACAUUUUGGAUGCAAAAGGGAAGGGCUAUGUUCUUUCCAAACCACUGAGGAAAGGUUUGGGUUUGUUGGUCAGAGUCUAAUAGUCCUUACUACUGAUGAGCAAGGUAUUUCAAAGCAAAGACUUCACUUUUUGCUGCUUGUUCUCUAAUUUACAGGGAUUUAAUUUCAUGUAAUGUAUUGUAUAUUUAUACAUCUGUAAUUAAUUGCACAUUAGCUAAGCAAGAGGAUUAGCUUUGGAGUAACACUCACUGGUACUAUACAAUAAACUAACCCUGCCUCUGCAUACACAUCUGUCUGGUACUCUUGCACAGCCUUAGUUUGUGUUUAGACUCUGGGGGAGUUUCUGUUGAAGAUGCAGCUCUGAACCUGCUGCUUGGAGGAAAGAAACCGAUGCUGCUCUGGAAGGGUUUGCUGAAUGUAGUUCAACAAGGGGCUCCAAGGCGUGCACUGCAUCUCUCCAUUGUGGUGAAUAACCCCAACGUGUGGUCUGAACUGUACUGUAUGUAGCAGGAAUGUAUUCAUUUUGUGCUUCCUUGUUUAGAAACAUCAGCUCUUCAAGAACAGGAUUGGCUCUCUUUUGUUCAGAAGGCCAUUUAUGCACUCAAAGUAUUUGAAAUCAAAACCAGUCCAACACUAACCAGGUGGUUGUGUCCAAUGUUAUUGGAACAGGUUUUAAAUCCACAGGAUCAGCUGUGUUUUCAGAAAACUGAGGGUAUGGAGGUCCUAAGUCUUCAGUUCUUGGUGUUGCUAAGUUGUUGACCUGAUCCUGAGCAGUACUCAACUACCCCUUGCUUGCUUUGAACCUGUGGACUAGAAGCAGAGGGGCUCUUGAAUGAUCAGCACUUGCCAGGAUCAGGUCAUAAUUUUCCAGUCUGCUUGUUCAUUCUUCGUGUGCAGUUGACGAAGGCUCUUUGAUGUGGCCGGCAGACCUGCUGCUGCACUGAAACACACACUUUGGGUUCUCAUUUUGGUCCCCAUUUCCCUGUUGAAUCUCUGUACACAAGGUAUAUGCUGUAUAAGUGGCCUUCUUGAACAAAUCUCUUUGCAAACUGAUUUCAUCCCGGCGAAGGAGUGUAUCAGCAACACUGUACAUUAAUUUCAGAUUCCAUUUUCUUAUUUUAUUUUGUAAAUAUAUCUGAUAUUUGGAGCUUGAGUAUACAAAAUGUAAAUAUAGUUCAUGUAUUUGUACUAAUUCUGAUCCAUUUGCUGUAUAGCCUUAGGUGUGCAAUGCAGAUAUCUAACUGUGUAUGGUAACCUUGCACCACUGAACUGUUAGUGAACGAGGUGAAACAAUAAAGGUACAACCAGUGCAUUAGCA